AUGUUCCGCGAAACUUCUGCCGAUGAUGGCUACUCGAUAGACCCAACACAGCCUCUACGCGGCAUCGUUGUUUGCUGCACAAGCAUUCCCGUUGAACAGCGAAGUGAAAUCCACCAAAAGGUUGCCGAGCUAGGAGGAGUUCAUAAGUACGACCUGACGCCGGACAUCACACAUCUCAUCGUUGGUCACUAUGACACGCCAAAGUACCGGCAUGUUGCUCGCCAACGACCUAAUAUCAAGCCCAUGCACGCUGCAUGGAUCGAUCGUAUUUCGCAUUUAUGGAAGUUGGACGAAGAAAUAAAUUUGCAAGCACUCGAAGACGAAUACAAGUUGCGACCACUGGAGAGAUGCAGCCACCAACCGCAAGGCGAGCUGACCCCAGAACAAACCUCCCUCCUCAUAUGCCUGACUGGCUUUGGCGACCCGCAGCGCGAGCAGAUUUCCAAACGAAUACGAGCCAAUGGAGCGCAGUAUACCGGCGACUUGACUAGAAAGUGCACCCAUCUUAUUGUCGGCACCCCCAACGGUAAAAAGUUCAAGGCAGCUAAAGCCUGGGGAGUUCGUACUGUGACACUGCCAUGGCUUGACCAGAGCAUUGAGCGCGGCAUGAUUCUGGACGAGUCCAAGUUCGACCCGCUACUCCCAGAUGAGGAGCAAGGCAAGGAUGCUUGGGUGAAAAAGAGCGCCGCGGCUUUUGGCAAGCGGUCUAGAUCAUCCGGCUCAACGACAACGGGCGAAGACGGCGUUCGAAAGUUGCGCAAGACCGCCAGUCAGAAACUCAACUCCCAGCGAAAUAACCUCUGGGAGAAUAUCCUUGGGCGUUCCGACUCGAAGGAAUACUCUUUCAAUGAAGGCCCCAUAGAGGCGCGACCAUCUGUACCAGAAAAAGCAACACCAGUUCAGCCAGAUGAUGUGCAACCCGAUGGCGUAUUUACCAACUGCGUAUUUUUUAUCCACGGGUUCAGUUUCCAACAGGCGGACCUGUUGCACCAAACAUUGCAGUCCCUUGGCGGUACUAUUGUGCCAACUAUCGAGGAAGCUGCCGUGUCGGGAACCGUCGACAACCCGUCUUGGCGCUUCCUGGUUGUUCCUCAAAACUCACAGCCCGAUACACAUCCAACGAUACAGCAUAACGACUUGCACGUUAUUACGGAAUUUUUUGUUGAACGGUGUCUACACAAUAAGCAAUUCCUCCAUCCACAAGACCACGUCUUAGGACGCCCAUUCCCUUCGUUUCCCAUCCCUGGCUUUAGCUCCUUAUCUAUUUGCAGCUCCGCGUUCACUGGGCUGGAGCUUAACCAGGUUGCGCGAAGUAUAAAACAGUUGGGCGCAACCUUUGAGGAGCAGUUCCAGAAAAACACUAGCCUCUUAGUCUGCCGUUCCCUUGAUGCCAUGCGCAAAGACAAGUUGCGAUAUGCCUUGGAAUGGGGCGUACCAAUUGUGUCGGCAGAGUGGCUGUGGGAUUGUAUCAAUACUGGCUUCAACGUACCGCCUACAGAUUACAUUUUCCCCCAACUGAAGUCACGAUACUCGACUACAAGUUGGUGGAACGCCAGCUCUUCAAAAGAGCCGAAGUUGAGGGCACAUCCCGAUACAAUACGCGCACCAGGCGCAGCGGGAAUGGAUCCCACCGCAUUUAAAGAAGAGAACCCUAAGAAAGGGACAAGCAAGACGAGGAGCACGCGUUAUGAGGAAUCAACAACAGCGGAUUUCGUCUCGGCAGUUUCCUGCCCAGAGACGGGUCGUCGACACGGCACUCCACUGUCAGAACUGUCAUCAGCGUCAGUGAACAAGUCGCCAUCGCCAACUGAAACUGCGGCAGAACAGCUCCCGCGACACAGGUCUGAUCCCGUUGGCAAAGUCGAAAACAAAAAGCAAGUCACGACCAGAGCACCAUCUGCUCCACCCAUAACUCAGCAUAGCAAAAGCUACGAUGGCGGUAAAAGUCGAGAGGAGCUUAAUAAGUCCCAAGGAACAGCUCUUCCCAACACUACAGAGAAACAGCGGCUUGCAUCCGAGAUUACGAACCUGUUAGAUGGCCCGACGACUGCUGGCCUAGCAGUAGGCACGGCCGGCCCAGCACCUGGCCGGCGAAAUAAGCGCCAAAUUCUCGGCCGCGCUAUUAGCAAUGCGUCCAACGCCAGCAGCGGCAGCGGACCGGCGCCUGAACUGCUCCGAUCAGCGUCUGCCGUCGAAACAGAGGAGGGCCUCGACGAGGAACGGCAGCCACCAGCAACGCAACUAGAGUAUGGCGAUCCAGACGCACAGAAGCGCAAGGCCCAACUUAUGAGCCGUAUGAUGGGCCAGCCUGUGGGUGAGCAGCAACCGGCUGCUGCGACGCAGGGCAGGACACUUAGGAAGCGAACUUACUAA